AUGCGAGGUUUAAUUGUCCUUAUUGUUUCGCUCUGCCUCCGAUCUGUCGGCGCGUUACCAGCCCCUGGCCCUCAGCCAAACGACAACCUCGUUCGAAAGGCCAGCCUCCCGACUAGUUUUCAAUGGAGCUCCAGCGGGCCCUUGAUUGCGCCUAAGAACGACAAUUACAACAUUGCGGGAAUUAAGGAUCCCUCAAUCGUUUACCACGGCGGCAAAUAUCAUGUCUUCGCCAGCACUGCCAAGGCAUCCGGUUAUAAUCUUGUCUACCUCAGCUUCUCCGACUUCAGCCAAGCCGCCUCCGCGGAGUUCCAGUACCUCGAUCAGACCCCUAUCGGCACGGGGUAUCGCGCCGCGCCACAAGUAUUCUACUUUGCGCCCCAGGAAUUGUGGUAUUUGGUCUAUCAGAACGGUAACGCCGCAUACUCGACCAACCCCGACAUCAAUAAUCCGGCGGGAUGGAGCGCACCCAAGAACUUCUUCAGUAGUAUCCCCAGCAUCAUCUCACAAAACAUGGGCGACGGAAACUGGGUAGACAUGUGGGUCGUUUGCGACACAUCCACUUGCCACCUCUUCUCGUCCGACGACAACGGCCACCUCUACCGUUCCCAGACAUCUGUCACCAACUUCCCCAACGGCAUGGGGAGCACCGUUAUUGCCUUGCAGGACUCGGACCGCUACGCCCUCUUCGAGGCAGCCAACGUUUACAGCACCGGAGAUGGAAAGUACCUUCUCCUCAACGAGGCCAUCGGCAGCGACGGGGCGCGCUAUUUCCGCUCCUGGACUUCGUCUAGCCUCGACGGCAGUUGGACGGGCCUGGCAGAUACCGAGGCCAACCCUUUCGCUCGGUCAAAUAACGUGAAUUUUGAUGGCAACGCCUGGACGAAAAGUAUUAGUCACGGGGAGAUGGUCCGCUCGCAGGUGGAUCAAACCAUGACGAUUAGCACAUGUAACCUCCGUUAUUUAUACCAAGGAAUGGACCGAAUGCCAGCGGCGAUUAUGAUGCGCUGCCCUGGAAAUUGGGACUCCUGA